AUGGCACCUUUCAAACUUUCACUAAUACUACUAGUCUCAUGGCUUCUAUCAACUACUACUAUGGCUAUAAACAUGUCCAAAAUUAAACCUGGACAAGAUAUUGCUGCUAGACUUCAAGUACUAGAAGGCGAAAAUGGAGGAGAAGCUAGCAUGCCAGUGUGUUGGAAUGCGUUAUUCGAGUUGAAAUCUUGCACGAACGAGAUCAUACUCUUCUUCUUCAAUGGUGAAUCUUACUUAGGAAAAGAUUGUUGCAAGGCUAUAAGGACUAUUACUUAUAAUUGUUGGCCUUCUAUGCUAAGUUCGGUUGGUUUUACUGCUGAGGAAGUUGAUAUUCUUCGUGGUUAUUGUGGCACUCCUUCCCCUCAAUCUGCUGUGGAGUUUAACGUCUAA